UAGCUGUCAUAACAUAACCAUUUUUCAUCCAUUUGUCUUGUUGAUAUUUUGUUACUUUCAAUAUAGUUUGUUAUUCAAAUUCAAUUAAAUGUUAAUUUCCAAUCAAAUUCCUUUUAAUAAUAACAAACUAUGACGGAACAACCCGACGAUGACAUCAUUUGCAUGGACACGAUCAGACCUCGAAAAAUUAAACCACAAAAUAUUGUUUGUAGAAUACUAUCCAGAGAACGGGGGAUCCUUUCGAGAGAACGUGGUGGAGUUAUCAGAGAAUUCUACAAAAAUAUUUAUCCAAAUUUGACAAUUAUCAAUGUGGAGAAACCAGCGGGAUUUUUGCGGAAAUUCAGUCCCGACGGGAAAUAUCUGAUUGCCUUCACAUACGAUCAAACGUCAUUGGAGAUUUAUCGGUUUAAGGGAUCAGGAGCAGCAGCGUUACUGCUUAAUGGCUGGGAAGAGGAAGUCGUUCCGAAUAGCAACGAACACACGCCUUACGCUAUCCGGAGUCAAAUAUUUAAUUGUUUAUUUAAGCUUAAAUUCGUCGUUAAUGUGGAAGACUUCGGCAAACAAUUGAAUCGUGAGUGCAGCUUAUUUACAAACGAUAGUCGAUUUGUUAUUGUUGGUGCAGCAUCUUCCAUUACCGAUGAUCGGCGACCGAAUUUCUUUGAAAUUUACACAACCAACGAAAUGAUGACACCGACGUUAAGGUGUGCGAUCGAAGACUAUUCUCUUUACAUGAUAGAUUUACACAAUGGCCGCGUAACUGACCAAAUUAAAUUUAAAUCCGACAAAAUAUUUUUGUCGCACAAUCAAGGCUUGUACUUGUACAACAACACUCUAGCUAUUCUAUCCGUUCAACAUCAAACAAUUUACAUUUACGAAUUGUUUGACGGUGCUUUUUUGAAACUGUUCAAAAUCGGACGAUUUUGCAGCGAAGAGGAGGAAAGCCUGUACAAUUCAUUGUAUUCAAUAACGUCGCAGACACCGUUCCGUGAGGCGACCAUUAACAGUUUGAAGCAUCGAUUUUUAGUGUUCCUAUACAAGCGUGCCAAGCAAAAAGAUGAAAGCACCGGUGAUCGGUACAAUAUUCGGAAAUUUUUUAAGUUUUUCGACCAGUACAACCAAUUGCGUAUGUGGAAAAUGCAGCUGCUCGAUGACAAUCAUUUGUUGAUUAAAUACGCGUUCGAGGAAGUAGUGAUGCUGAAAAGCAGCGAACCCAACAGCCAGUUAUCAUAUUUUGUAAUUUAUAGUAUUUGGGACAGCAAAAUCCUUGCCGUCUACGAUAACACAUCGGAAGAAUUUUUAGAAAUAUUCGAGAACUACAAUGACAUGUUCCGCAACGCCCGCAUGAAUUCCGAGACCCUGUCCAAUUGCUCACCGAACACAAAUAUUUACGCAAAAUUAUUGCAACAACGCUUUAAACAAACGAUCGUCAGUGCCAGAGGCGGUGGCAUGGUAGAGGCAACGAAACGAAUAUUGGCCCAGUUGCCGAUAAGUGCACAAAGUUAUAGCAGUUCACCGUACUUAGACCUAAGUUUAUUUAGUUACGACGAUAAAUGGGUCAGUGUGAUGGAGCGACCGAAAGGCUGUGGUGAAUAUCCGAUAAGAUUUUUUGCCCGUGAUUCGGGUCUGCUGAAAUUUCGGAUCUAUCCGGGAUUGCAGGACAAAAAUUCAGCGCAACCGGCAAAACGUUUGGUGGCGUUCACAUUUCAUCCCACCGAACCAUUUGCGAUCAGUGUGCAGCGAAUCGACAAUGAUUAUGUGGUCAAUUUUCACAUUCGUAAUGCGAGAAGCGAAACAGAGGCUUAGGUCUACAAACGUUGUUAACGGAAAAACAUUUUUUCUAAUGAAGAAAAUUUUUUAUUGAAAA